UUGGAUGCGCCCACAGCCUCUGCAGCUGCUGGAGUUUCCGAAUCAAAGUUAAGCGUCUGUCCACCUAGAGACAUUUUAUCUUUCGUUUUCACCAAAUGGAAAAUAAAAAGUGUCCUAUUUAGCUGGAGCACGCGUGGAAAACAGCCCGCAUCCUCCUCUUCCGCUCUCCUGCCUGGAGUCGGACCGAGCGGAGAUGAUCCGGUUGCAGGCCACAGCAACCGGAGCCCGCAUGGAUGUUCUGUAGUUAGUAGUGAAGCUGCGCCCAGUCUUGGGAUAACUGCAUCGUAUCCGGGUAACUAGAAGACUUCGGAACCAUGAACAGCCAUCCUCCGCCCCGCAGGGCUCCCAACGCCGGAUCCUUGCUCUUGACCCCGCAGGAGAAUGAGUGCUUGUUCGGUUACCUGGGCAGGAAAUGUACCACUCUGUGUUCGGCGGUGGUCCAGGUGUAUGGGGCCGAGCGCGGUUGCAGCUGGGUGAAAAGGUGCUGUGGAGUGGUCUGCCUGGUCAAAGACAACCCCCAGAGAUCCUACUUCAUCAGGGUGUUUGAUAUCAAGGAAGGGAAAACUAUGUUUGAACAAGAACUCUACCACAACUUCUCUAUCAGCAACUCCAGACCCUACUUCAUAUCAUUCGCAGGGGAUAGCUGUCAGAUUGGCCUGAACUUUGCAAGUGAAGAAGAAGCCAAACGAUUCAGAGCAGCAAUCAAUGACCUGAUCAACAGACGGCAGCGGAAAACAGGUCCAACUCUUCCCAUGGCCACCGUGGACAUCAAGAACCCAGAGAUCAACAAUGUGCGAUUCCACAACUCGCACAGCCAUCAGCAGCCAUACCACCUCAACAACAUGCUGAGCCACGGCGGCCUGAUCCGGAGGGACAAGAAGACCAAGGGCAAGAAGAAAAAGCUGACCAAGGCCGACAUUGGCACACCCAGCAACUUUCAGCACAUUGGUCACGUGGGCUGGGAUCCAAACACAGGUUUUGAUCUGAACAAUCUGGAUCCUGAGCUGAAGAACCUGUUCGACAUGUGUGGCAUCUCAGAGGCUCAGCUGAAGGACCGAGAGACAUCGAAAGUCAUUUAUGACUUCAUUGAGAAGAAAGGAGGGGUGGAGGCAGUCAAAAAUGAGCUGAGGCGGCAAGCACCCCCUCCACCUCCUUCCCGUGGUGGCCUCCCUCCUCCACCACUUCCUCAGAGUUCUGCCCCACCCCCACCCCCACCAUCCAGAGGGGGUCGAGGAGCUCCUCCUCCUCCUCCUCCAUCCAGAGCACCAGCUUCAGCUCCUCCUCCCCCACCUCCCUCGAGACCAGGAACUCUGGGGGCCCCACCUCCCCCUCCACCACCCAACAGGGGAGGUCACCAGCCCCCUCCUCCACCCCACCACCACCACCACCAGCCUCCCCCACCUCCUCCACCUCCAUCAUCCUCCAUUGCUCCACAAGCCCCUCCACCUCCCCCACUGGCCCAACAGUCUCCUGCGAGCAGUGCCCCCGGACCGCCUCCUCCCCCUCCCCCACCUGGUCCCCCUCCUCCCCCGGAGCUGGAUGGUGUCAGUGGAGGCGGGGACUCGCCUCAUUCUCCAAGCCCAGGUGGGAAGUCAGCAUUGCUGGAGCAAAUCAGAGAAGGAGCCCAGCUGAAAAAGGUGGAGCAGAACCACCGAGUGCCAGCCUCUAGUACGGGACGAGAUGCACUGCUGGACCAGAUCCGACAGGGAAUCCAGCUCAAGACUGUAUCAGAUCAUCCGGAGUCCAGCCUUCCAACACUGGCUCCAGCUGCAGGCAUUGUGGGUGCUCUCAUGGAAGUGAUGCAGAAGAGGAGCAAAGCCAUCCAUUCUUCAGACGAAGAUGAGGAUGAUGAUGAAGAUGAGGACUUUGAGGACGAUGACGAGUGGGAUGACUAGUGAAUAUCUCUGUUCAACCUCCCCAUCCACCCCGAUCGUUGGCACUACUAUUUCUCUUAAAGAAAAACCUUCCAGAAUCAGACUACAGUUGUAA